AUGGCCAGCGAAAUCGACAUCUACAACCAAUAUCCGAUCCACAUGGAUCCAGCCUCCAAGGCCCUCUCACUCCUAAGCAGCACAACCCCUGCCCAAAAAGCCCUGCUCACCACCGAGCUCGAAGAGCUAAACACACUCCACCGCUCCCUCAUCUCCCUCGACCCCCCCAACAUCCCCCCAGCCCCAUUGCCACUGAACCCCAAGCGCAGCGCGCAAAUCAGCAAGCUGCGCGACAGCGCCAAUACCGCCUACCGCAAGUCCAACUACGACGAGGCCAUCAAGCUGUACACAUACGCUAUUGAUAUGGGUCUUGCCCGGCCUGGGUGGGAGCCUGUGGGCGUGGCGCGCGAAGAGUUGGCGGGGCUUUAUGGGAAUCGGGCGCAGGCGUGGAUGGCUCAGCAGGCUUGGCCGGAGGGGUUGGUGGAUGCGAAGGCGAGUGUGGAUUCGAAGCCGGUGGGGAAUGUGAAGGCUUGGUGGAGGAUUGCGAAGAGUUUGGCGGAGAUGGGGAGGUAUGAGGAGAGUAGGAAGUUUUUGCAUAAGGGGUUGGAUAUUGAGGGGAAGGAGAGUGAGGGUGGGAAGGAGUUGUUUGCGUUGUUGGAGGAGGUGGACAGGGCUUUGCUGAGAGGGUUGAAGGCUUGA